GAUGCGCCCAAGAGAAUGCCGUCCUUACGGUCUGUAUCCGAGCCUGACAAACCGCACCACCCCAUGUCCGCCUCGUCUACACCACUCGGUGUCCUGUCGAGCGCGAGAAGACCCCCCGUGUCCUCCGGUAUGUCUAGCGGACGUCUGCCAGACGGGCUGAACGCCAAGAUGAAGGCCUUCCAUCUCUCGAGGCAGGGCUCUUCACCCCUCAACUCCCAGCCCAACGCCGCCUCGCCUCAGUCGCCUGUCGCCGGAAUCCCCAUGUCUGGCCCGUCGAGCGGGGGCCUUCAUUUGCCGGGUACCAUGCAGAGGCCCGGAGCACCUUCGUUGCAACGGCCAGGCGCGCCUGCGUUCCCUCACUCCAUGCCCCAAAUUCCUGUCGCCGGCGGCGGUGGCCUUGCGGGCAAGAGGAAGUUCGGGUUGAAGUUGAGCAACAUGACAGCUGCACCUGAAGAGGGAGCAGGCGCCGCUCCAGGUGCAAGUCUCACCAUCCCGGGAGGACUACCGCAGCCGUCGAGCCAAGGUGCACCCUCGCAAAUGAAGCAGUUCGAAGAAUACAUUGACUCGGAAAGGGGAUAUCUGACGUUCAAGGGCAAGGCUAUCAUCACCAACGAAGGUGUCAACUUCUCAGAUGGCUCCGUCUUCAAGAUGUCCCUAGACGAAGUUGAGAAACUCGAUGAGCUAGGCAAGGGUAACUACGGAGUUGUUUACAAGGUGCGACAUUCGAAGCCAAGAUUGCCUCGCUUUGGCCCCGGAUUGUCUGGUUUCAAGUCGUCACAUAUACCCGGCCCACAUGUACCGACAGAUACUCCAGACUCCCCAACUGAUUCCAAGGCCGGUGGCACCAGCGGUCUCGUCAUGGCCAUGAAGGAGAUUCGUCUCGAGCUGGAUGAGGCCAAGUUGUCAACUAUUCUAAAGGAGCUGGUCAUUCUCCACGAAUGCGCCUCCCCCUACAUAAUAGACUUCUAUGGAGCAUUCUUCCAAGAGAGCGCCGUCUACAUGUGUAUCGAGUAUAUGGAUGGUGGAUCUAUCGAUAAGCUCUACGCCGGAGGUGUCCCCGAGAACGUGCUGAGGAAGAUAACCUACUGCACAGUUAUGGGCUUGAAGGAGCUAAAGGACAAGCAUAACAUCAUCCACAGAGAUGUCAAGCCCACCAACAUCCUGGUAAACUCUCGUGGACAAGUCAAGAUCUGCGAUUUUGGUGUUAGUGGAAACCUAGUGGCCAGUAUUGCGAGGACAAAUAUAGGUUGUCAAAGCUACAUGGCGCCUGAGCGUAUUCAUCAGCCGGGCGGCGCAUCAGAUGGUACAUAUAGCGUCCAGAGCGAUAUCUGGAGUUUGGGAUUGACCAUCAUCGAGAUGGCCAUGGGCCACUAUCCGUACACACCAGCUCAAAGUGUGUCCAUCUUCGCGCAGAUCUCGGCAAUUGUACAUGAAGAUCCUCCAAAAAUGCCCGAGGAGGGUUAUUCUGCCACGGCCCACAAAUUCGUUAAGUCCUGUUUGAACAAGAAUGCGAACCUGCGGCCGACGUACCAAGCUCUCCUCAAUGCCGAAUGGAUCAAGGACUUGACGAAGCCCGAAACCAUCACAGAAGAGGAUGAGGAAGAUGCGGAGAAUGAAGCAAGCGCAGAAGCGAUAGCCAAUGCCGCCAACAACAUGGACGUCAGCAACUCGGGUACGGAAGAUCCUGAAGUGGCCGCCUGGGUUCAGGACGUCUUGGCGAAGAAGACGAGCGGACAGUAUGGCGAAGAUGUCCCGAAACCUGCGUUGCAUGCGGCACCUCUUGACGCUGCAGCU